UCUCGUGACGGAGCCUCGGGGGCUGCCGGGACGUGUAGUCCGCAGGAGUCCGGCAUGAACGCUAUGAGCACGAGGAUGGUGACCAGAAGCCGGACCCGGGGACCCCGGGCCGGGCCGCGGGCGAGCGGGGAGGACUCUGCGCCGCUCGGGAGGGGAGAGGCGGCUGCAGAAGGAAGGAAACGUCACAGCCCUGUGAAGCGUCAGCGGAAACCACAGAGACUGCACGUGGCCUAUGAGGCCUCAGAUGGUGAGAAAGGUGAGGGGGCCAAGCCCCUCAAGGUGCCCACCUGGGAGCCCCAGGACUGGCAGCAGCAGCUGGUCAACAUUCGCACCAUGAGGAGCAAGAAGGACGCACCUGUAGACCAGCUGGGGGCCGAGCACUGCUAUGACCCCAGCGCCCCCCCAAAGGUGCGGAGGUACCAGGUGCUGCUGUCGCUGAUGCUCUCCAGCCAGACCAAGGACCAGGUGACGGCAGGCGCCAUGCAGCGGCUGCGGGCCCAGGGCCUGACGGUAGACAGCAUCCUGCAGACUGAUGACAGCACGCUGGGCAAGCUCAUCUACCCCGUAGGCUUCUGGAGGAACAAGGUGAAGUACAUCAAGCAGACCACCGCCAUCCUGCAGCAGCGCUAUGGAGGGGACAUCCCAGCCUCCGUGGCAGAGCUGGUGGCACUGCCAGGUGUUGGGCCCAAGAUGGCGCAUUUGGCUAUGGCUGUGGCCUGGGGCACCGUGUCAGGCAUCGCAGUGGACACACACGUGCACAGAAUCGCCAACCGACUUCGGUGGACCAAGAAGGCAACCAAGUCCCCAGAGGAGACCCGAGCCGCCCUGGAGGAGUGGCUGCCCAGGGAGCUGUGGAGUGAGAUCAACGGCCUGUUGGUGGGCUUCGGCCAGCAGACCUGCCUGCCCGUGCACCCUCGCUGCCAGACCUGCCUCAAUCAGUCCCUGUGCCCGGCCGCCCGGGGCCUCUGAGGGCCGUGGGCUCCAGCCUGAGUGCUGCUCUGGCUGCUGUCCGUGAAGUGCCUUUGUUGGGACCCACGGCCUGUUUAGUAAAGCUUUGAGGUCAUUUGCAGUUGG